UUGCUAUCCAAGGAGUUUUGUCUGUGUUGGAGGCAGUUCCAUGCCCAGCAGCUCCCCAGGACCUCUCCCAGGCAGCUGAGGAAUGUUUUGGCCUUUUUGGGAGCCUGGUUAGCAGCCCCAGACUGCUGCAAGGUUACUACCUAGCUGGUCACCGGGCUUUUGUCCCACUGGUCGCAGGGGCUGUGGGCUUGCUGCAAGCACCGGCUCCAGCUCACAGUGACGGCAGACCGGCAAUGGGGUCACUGUGGGCGGGUAUUUGCUAUAUAUACAUAUACACACAUAUGUAUAGGAAAAAGGGUGGCAAGCAGCCUAAUCCUGUGCGUGAUCAACAGGUAUUUUCAGCAGCUAAGAGUGCUGGAGGAGGUUGCCUGAAAUAGAGGGUGCCGUGCCACCGCUGGGGCCGGGAGCGGGCAGAGGCUGCCCUGAACAGAGGGAGCGGUGGGAAGCGGGGCAGGAGGUGGUGGAGGAUGUCGGCGCUCAGCGCCUUGCCUUUCCUGAAGCCUGUUCACCUGAGGUCCCCCCGAAGCUCGCCCGGGGGCCAGCGCCGCCACACGCUGCCUGCCAGCGAGUUUCGCUGCCUCAGCCCCGAGGACGCCGUCAGCGUGUUCGAGAUCGAGAGGGAAGCCUUUAUAUCUGUCUCCGGGGACUGUCCCCUCCACCUGGAUGAGAUCCGCCACUUUCUGAACCUGUGCCCAGAGCUGUCCCUUGGCUGGUUUGAGGAAGGGCGGCUCGUAGCGUUCAUCAUCGGCUCCCUCUGGGACCAGGACAGGCUCAGCCAGGCGGCCCUGACCCUGCACAAGCCACGGGGCACGGCCGUGCACAUCCACGUGCUGGCCGUACACCGCACCUUCCGGCAGCAAGGCAAGGGCUCCAUCCUCAUGUGGCGAUACCUGCAGUACCUGCGGUGCCUGCCCUUCGCCCGGCGCGCCCUGCUCAUGUGCGAAGAUUUCCUCGUGCCCUUCUACCAGAAGUGCGGUUUCGAGGUGCUGGGUCCCUGCGAGGUGACGGUGGGGGAGCUGGCCUUCAUCGAGAUGCAGCAUCCCGUGAGGGGACAUGCCUUCAUGCGCAGGAACAGUGGCUGCUGAGCCCCCUCCGGUUCCAGCCCUGCUGGGGGGGCUGGAG